UUUUUUUUAUUAAAAUAUAUGGUUCUGAUUUUUUUUUUUAUUCUUCUUUUAUAAAAUAUAAUUCUAAAUCUAAAAUAACGCAAUGAAGUUCAUCAUCAAAGGUGGCAUUUGGAAAAAUACAGAAGACGAAAUCCUAAAAGCUGCUGUCAUUCGCAAAACACCAAAGCAAUGCAAAGCCAGAUGGUACGAAUGGCUCGAUCCCAGCAUCAAAAAAAGGAAGACGAAAAAAUUAUUACAUCUUGCAAAAUUAAUGCCUACACAAUGGCGUACUAUUGCUCCUAUUGUUGGUCGUACACCUGCUCAAUGUCUUGAACGCUAUCAACGUCUUUUAGAUGAAGCUGAGGCUCGUGAAGGAGCUGAUUUAAGUUUGACAGGAGCUGAAGGUUUGGGUCCAAGUGCAGAUGAUGUUCGUAAAUUACGACCUGGUGAGGUCGAUCCAGAGCCAGAAUCAAAGCCUGCACGACCUGAUCCUGUCGACAUGGACGAAGACGAAAAGGAAAUGUUAUCAGAAGCACGUGCACGUCUUGCAAAUACACAAGGUAAAAAAGCCAAACGAAAAGCCAGAGAGCGACAGUUAGAAGAAGCACGACGAUUGACUGCCUUACAGAAGCGAAGAGAAUUAAAAGCGGCUGGUAUUCAUAUGCGUAUGAAGACAAAGAAGAAUGUUAUGGAUUAUAAUACAGAUAUUCCAUUUGAAAAGAAACCUGCUUUAGGCUUCUAUGACACAACCGAGGAAGCUAAUAAGAAGACAGAUCCAGGAAAGCUGACAAAUGUAUAUCUUUCUAAACUUAAUCGACGUCGUGCAGAUAUUGAAGAUGAAAAGAAUCGCGAAAAGAAACGUAAGGCUAAGGAAAACCCUAAUGCCGGACCCCAAGGAAACCAAGGUCAAUUUGUAGCAGCUAAAAAUGCUAAACUUAUCAUGAAACAACAAGAACAGGAACAAAUCUCAAAGCGACGCAAAUUAGUCUUACCUGCUCCUCAAGUUGGAGAACAAGAAUUAGAAGAGAUUGUAAAAUCUGGAUUUGAAGGUGAAACAGCAAAAAGUUUAGUAGUAGAGAAUGAAGUUACAGAGGGGCUUGUAGGUGACUAUGCCUUUCAAACACCCAAUUUACGUGCCAUGAGAACGCCUCGUGCACCCCCUACCAAUGAUAAUCUAUUGAUUGAAGCACGUAAUUUGAAGGCCCUUAGCAGUGCUCAGACUCCUUUAUUGGGUGGUGAAAACACAGCACUUUUAGAUGUAGGAACUGGAUUUGAGGGAGCGACACCUAAACAUAGUGUGAUUCAAACACCAAAUCCUAUGGCCACACCUUUACGUGCCGCACCUUUUGGUGCAGAGACACCACAAAAGAAAGUACAACAUAAACGUACACUUUUGCAAGGUUUAGCUAGUUUACCCAAACCACGUAAUGAAUGGGAGAUUAAAUUACCUGAACAACAGACAGAAGAGUCGUCUAAAGCUGAGGAGUCGACGACAGUUGUUGAAGAUAUGAGUGAUAUUGAACGCGCAGAGAUUCAAAAGGCAGAAGAAGAAGCACAAGAAUUAGCAGCACGUCGAUCACGACCUGUUCAACUCAAUCUUCCUCGUCCUAUUACUAUUCCUAAACUUCCAAAUGCAACAGAUGAAAUUGAACAAAUGAUUCAAGAAGAAAUGAUUCGACUUUUAAAACAUGAUGCAGUCAAGUAUCCUGUUACUGGUAGUAAGAUAGCUCCUGGGGCAAGUCAAUUAAGUGAUGAUAUAGCCAAUUUGGAAUCAGAGUUUGAUUCUGCUACACUAGAAGAUGCUCGUAAGGAGCUUGAUGAGGAAAUCAAGAUGAUGUUGGGUGUUGAUGAUGAUGAUGAUGUGAAAGAGGCUGUUUGGAAACGGGUUGCUAAUGACGAAGCAUUUGAAAAGAAAUGGGAAAAAGAGCAUGAUGAGCUUCUGUUUUCAGUCAAAUUUAAUCGUUUCAUGACAUUAGAUGAAAUGGAUGAUGAACAAGAUAUGAUACAAGGGCUUGGCAAGAUUGUAGAGGCAAACCGACAAACAAUGAUUCGAGAUGCAACAAGAGCUGGCAAGUUAGAAACGAAAUUAGAUGUGAGAUUAGGUGGUUACAUGCAGCGUUCUAAAUUAUUAUCAGAACAAAUCCUUGAAGCCUAUGAAGCCUAUGAAGCAGCACAAAUUGAAUAUCAAAGUUUUAUUAAUUUGCAAAUGGCAGAACGUGUAGCCCUUCCUCGACGUCUUGAAGCACUUCAAGAAGAAGUCUAUAAAUUAAGUUCACGAGAAAGAGAGUUACAACAACGCUAUAAAGAUUUGAGUGAUGAAAAGAUGGCUUUACUUUCUGCUUAGAAAAAACUUGUAUUUGUGUGUGAUAUAUAUAUAUAUAUUGUAUGUGUUUGUUUUUUUAUAAAUAAAAUC